AUGGAAACAAGUCCCUUAGAUUUUGUUGCACAGGCUUGCAUGGAUUUAACAGAAAAUAUAGGAAAUACUACCAACGAAACAGAGAGAGAGUUUUUAAUUAAUGAACACAUUAAGAAAGUCUGGUCAAUUGUUCCUCCAGUUGAAGAUUUUAAGAAAAAUUUAGAGUGGGUAAAUGUAUCUGAGCCAAUAUAUCUAGCACAGCACUGCACUGAUAAAGUGGUUGUAUUAGAUUUUUGGACUUAUUGUUGCAUCAAUUGCUAUCAUGUUUUACCUGAUUUAGCCCAUUUAGAAAAGUUGUAUAAAGUUGAAAAUGGAUUAGUUAUUAUUGGUGUUCAUUGUGCAAAGUUCCUGAAUGAAAAAAUAUCAAAUAAUAUACUUUCUGCAGUGGAAAGAUAUGGCAUUCACCAUCCAGUUGUCAAUGAUUCUGAGAUUGUAAUGUGGAAUGCACUUGGAAUAAGAUGUUGGCCUACCCUUCUAAUCUUAGGCCCAGAAAACAAACCAGUGUUUAUUCUAACUGGAGAAGGGCACAGAAAAGAGCUGGAGUGGUAUGUUGGAGCUCUAAUAAAUCAUUUUAAUAGUUCUAACUCAAUUAGUUAUGCACCAAUACCUAUGGCUCCAUCAAAGCAUAUAAAGGCGAAAAAUAGUAUACUUUCCUAUCCAAGUAAGAUAGCGCUAAAUCCAUUUUAUCGUGGAAGAGCUGAUGAGCCAUACCUGGCAAUAUCUGACACAGGUCAUCACAGAAUUUUAUUGACUGACUGCUUGGGAAUUAUUUUAAGAGUUAUUGGCGACUCAGAGCCUGGACUGAAAGAUGGAGAGCUUUCUGUGGCAAGAUUCAACUCGCCACAAGGUUUAUGCUGGCUCUCCAGCUCUGUUCUAUUGGUUUGUGAUACCAACAACCACGCUAUAAGAGCGAUUCACUUGGACGAGAAUUCAGUGGAACUGCUCACUGGUAUUGGGAAACAGGCGGAGACGGGUGAUCAAGGUGGCAAAUGCCUCGGUCAGCAAGCUCUAUCGUCCCCGUGGGACAUAAUACUCUAUACGACCCCAGAUAUGGACAUGUCAGUGAGACCAUCAAUGGCGUUGUCCACGCCUGCAGUUGAUAACAAAGAAAAUACUGGAAAUGAAAAAGACAAGGAGAAAAAAGAUGACCGUCGCCGAGUGGUGUUAAUUGCUUGCGCAGGAUCGCAUCAAAUUUGGGCGCUGUUCCUUGACAACACUAUUUGGUGGAAGUACAAAACAUACACGGAAGGUACAUGCGUACGUAUAGCGGGUACGGGCGCGGAAGCAGCGAGAAACAGCGCGUACCCGCAUACUGCCGCCUUUGCUCAACCUUCGGGACUAACGCUCAAAAAUGUGGGUAGUCCAGAAGUAUUCAUAGCGGAUUCGGAGAGUUCUUCAAUACGUAGACUGGCGCUCGCGAGUGGACACGUGUCCACGCUUUGUGGGGGAGAUAGAAAUCCAUUGAAUCUGUUCGCGUAUGGAGACGUGGACGAAAUCGGUGUUGAAGCAAAACUCCAACAUCCACUAGCUGUCGCGUACUCUGAAGCGAACAAAACCCUCUAUAUCGCUGACACCUACAAUAAUAAAAUAAAAAAGGUCGACAUCGGCCCUCAAAAGGUCACAACCAUUUCCCCAACAAUGAUCGAAAGCUCCGACCCGGUGAAAUUCAACGAACCCUCCGGCCUAUCGGUCAGCCAAGACGGCAAAUACCUAUAUAUAGCCGACACAAACAAUCACAUCAUAAAAAUACUCAACAUCGCGAAAAACGUAUGCCAAGAGUUCCGUGUACGCGUUUCCGAAGUGAAAUUCGUCGAACCAGAGAACCUAAUUCUAUACAAAAGCGAUCUAUUCGUGAACCGAAAGUGUGGUAACCUAAUCAUUCAUUUCAACGUCAGUUUGGACAACGACAUACGAAAAGUGAAAUUCACGGCUGGGGCUAAGCAGAAUUGGCGGGUUUGCAUCAGAAAUGAGGAUAAUAAAGAUGUUACUAUGGAGGAAUUCGAAUUUAUUGGUUGUACGAAUAUGGGUUCGACUCUCCCCGGACGGGUGGAAAUGAAGUUAAAAUCGCGCACAGAUAACACACAUUAUCGCUUAUAUCUCAGUUUCGUGACGUCUUUGUGUGAUGGUAGUCUGUGCUUUACGCAUUCGUUUACGAUACGAUCUAUGGUUUUAGUCAGGGAUUCGGUGAAAAUGGUCGAAUCGUAUAGAAUUACGUGUAAAGUGAACCCGACAGGUGUUAAUAACACCCAAAGUUAA